CUAUUUUGGUUUUCAGUGAAUUAUGCCUUUUCAGUUUGGGACCCAACCAAGGAAGUUUCCAGUGGAAGGGGGAGAUUCUCCAGUUGGGCUGGAGCCUGGGCUGAGCUCCAGAGCUGCCUGUAAUGAGAAAGAGAUGUCACCAGCCAGGCAACUCGGAAGAUGCCCUGGAAGUCAUGGCCCGACAAUAACUGAUGUUCCCAUCACUGUCUACGCAACAAUGUGA